UUGCAUUUUCGUUUUCAAAAAGGGCGAGAGGUGGGAGAGAAAGGAAACCAGAGAGAGAUAGUGAAUCGCCUUUCUCUCUCAAAAAUAAAAUAAAGUACAAACAUCAUCGCCUCUGUACCUUUGUUGAUACAGGAUCCGUGAAAGCUAUAGAGCCAUGGCUUCCGACUCCUUCACCGACAGAAACGCCAUUUUCCGCAAGCUCAGGGCCAAGUCCGAUAAUAAGAUGUGUUUCGAUUGCAACGCAAAGAAUCCGACUUGGGCGUCCGUUCCGUAUGGGAUCUUCCUGUGCAUUGAUUGUUCGGGGGUUCAUCGAAGCCUUGGCGUGCAUAUCAGCUUCGUGAGGUCAACAAAUAUGGAUUCUUGGACACCCGAGCAGUUAAAGUUGAUGUAUUUUGGCGGAAAUAACCGUGCUCAAGUGUUUUUCAAACAGCAUGGAUGGAGUGAUGGAGGAAAGAUUGAGGCCAAAUAUACCUCAAGAGCUGCUGAGUUGUACAGACAAUUACUUGCUAAAGAAGUUGCGAAGAGUAAUGCAGAAGAGGCAGGCUUACCUUCCUCGCCCGUUGCUUCCCAGUCAUCCCAACCUUCCAAUGGAUUUUCUGAUGUAAAAGUUGCUGAAGAGCCCAAAGGAGGUUCUUCAAAUGACACACUGAAAGAAAGCCAAUCUCUGAAAAACGGAACAGCUGAGUCUUCUUCUUCCUCACCUAGGGCCUCCCAAGCAGCUUCAACAAUUUUUGUCAAGAAGACUCUUGGUGCAAAGAAAACUGGAAAGUCUGGUGGACUGGGUGCUAAGAAACUCACAAGCAAGCCUAGUGAAAGCCUUUAUGAACAGAAGCCUGAAGAACCACCUGUACAAGUUUCUUCUGCCAAAUCUUCAACCAGCAGCACUCCUGCAGUUGGUGCAUCAUUUACAUCUCGAUUUGAGUAUACUGAAAAUGGCGAACCUACUGAGAUGACUUCCGGAGGCACUCGUGUUAUUAACCAUGUAUCAGCUCCAAAGUCGUCCAAUUUCUUUGCUGAAUAUGGCAUGGACAGUGGCUUCCCUAAGAAAAGUGGUUCAAAUUCGUUAAAAGUCCAAGUUGAGGAGACUGACGAAGCAAGGAAGAAAUUUACUAAUGCAAAAUCAAUAUCAUCUGCCCAGUUCUUUGGUAAUCAAACCAAUGCUAAAGAUAUGGAGGCAUCAGCUACAUUGUCGAAAUUCUCAGGGUCAUCAUCAAUAUCUAGUGCCGAUCUGUUUGGUCAUGAGUCUGGUUCUCCUGUUGACAUUUCCGCCGGUGAGCUCAUUAAUAAGCUGUCCUUCCAGGCACAACAAGAUAUCUCCUCUCUAAAGAAUAUGGCUGGAGAAACUGGGAAAAAGAUAAGCUCCCUUGCGUCUUCGUUGCUAACAGAUCUGCAGGACAGAAUCCUCUGAAGAGUACUCCUUGCAAUGUAUUUUACAUGAAAAACGAGUUUGUUCCAUUACCUGCCCCAUAUUUUAUGUAGUUAUAAAUGUAAAAAAGAGCAUUACUUUGAAAAGCUGGGUCAUGAGCUGUAGCAGCCCUCAUGGGCUUGAGAUAUGUGUGCUGUUUAGUUACAGAAAAUGCUUCGACAAUGCUAAAUGCUAAAUGCUAUUUUUGGGUUUA